AUGCCUCCGCAGAAGAAGCAAAUACCCGAUGAGUACGUCAAAUUCUACGAACAUGAACACAACUUGGGAAAACAGCAGAGACUGCAGCUGGCAGAUGUGUUUUACCGAAUCACGGUGUCACAGUCUUUGAUUGGUAUCGCUGGAUUAGCACUGGGAGGCUCGAUACCAUUGAUAUUGCUCCGCAUAAACGGCAGAAAGGCAACAAAGAUGACCGCACUUCAUCAAACACUUGGUGGAAUGGUUGGUGGGUUUGUGUUGCCUCAAUUCUGCGGUCCCAUGCUAUUUAGAAGACAAUUGGCGAGGCUGGAAGCUCAGGAUGUGGAAGUCCGCAAGACUUUUGAACUCACUCCAUAUCCCACAAUGAUGGCGUUCAUGUGGAGGAACUACUUUGCGAACGAUCGGAAGCUACCUGACCCGAACGAUGUACAAAAGGCUUUGAAUACGGCCAGGACAGAGAAUAGAUCUGGCGUUUUCGUGGAUUCCGAGGCUAUAUCACCGGCGUGGGAUAAGGUGAGGAAGUCCCAAGGACGCGCCCAUGCCACAGAGCAAGAGGAUCGGAAUGAAGACGAUAUUUUUGGAUUUGACGAGCCUGAGCAGGAGGGCAUCAAGGAUGUGGAUACGGACGAAUCGUCGUGGGAGAGGAUACGGAAACAGCAGAGUGUAUCAUAUCGUCCUCCCAAGGAUUAA